UUCCCAAAUCACAUGAACCCUAAUCGUUUCUCAUUUCUUAAUUUAUUUUAUUUUUCAAAUCGCAGGAACCUAACCUACAUACAUCUAGUGAGUUCUAAGCGCAAUUUCAGAGAUGCACCAAUAGCUUCUGCUGCUGCUUUGGUUGCUGCUCAGUGUGUGAUAGUAGCUGAAGCAAUGGGAGAUAAGAAAGAAGAUCUUAGUAGUGUUAUUGGUUCUGCCAUGAGUGGUACAAGUGCAAGUGACAUCCUAACUCUCACUGUUGCAACUGCAACAUGUAAUCAUUUUUAUUAUUUUCACUCAUACUUUUUUUGAUAGAAUUAUGUUGGGGGAAAUUGAGGGUAUAGAUGCAAGACUUAGCAUCAGAUUUUGGAUUUUAAAAUUUGAAAUUGGUAUUAGAGCAUUGACAUUAGUAAAUCUAAUGGUCUCAACAGUUGCAAUGUGUAAUUUCUAUAGGAGAUCUAUUUCUGUUAUCUGCAAGCAAACGUCAUUAU